AUGAUCAAAUUAGAUGGUGAAGACACAGGAAAUAUCAAGUACAUGGAAUCUGUGUUGAAUUCGUCAUUUGUCACAUCGUAUGAGGAUUCAGUGAGUUUGGUAAUCAAAGGGCGGGAUAUUGAGCUACAAAGAAUCAGCACAAUAACGACAACCAUAGAUCUCUCAAGCAACCAUUUUGAAGGUGUCAUUCCGAAAACACUGAAGGAUCUCAUAUCACUUUGGCUACUCAAUUUAUCUCAUAACAAUCUAAGAGGUGAUAUUCCAAUAAAACUAGGACAAUUGAGUAUGCUUGAAGCUUUAGAUCUCUCUUGGAAUCGGCUCACUGGAAAGAUUCCACAAGAAUUGACAAGACUGAACUUUCUGGCCUUCUUGAACGUCUCUCAAAAUCAUCUCGUCGGACCAAUUCCUCACGGUCUACAAUUCAACACAUUUGAAAAUGACUCGUAUGGCGGCAACCUUGAUUUAUGUGGUCCUCCUUUAUCAAAACAAUGUGGAACGAGUGAUUCAUCACAUGUUCCUCAACCAUUGGAGUCUGAAGAAGAUGAAAGCGAGUCAUAUUUUUUAGUGGAUUUACAUGGGAAUCAGUAG